AUGGACCAUCAUCAAAAUUCAUCAGGACUUCUUCUUGUUACAAUGCAACAAGAAUCUUCAAACAGUGGUAGUGCGAAUUCACCAUUUUUAACACCAUCACCGUCCCGUGAAAUUCGUGGAUUACGUUUAUUUCGUGCAAUUAGUCGAAAAUUAGGCAAACGUUCUCAAGAAGAUUUAAGUUCAUCAUAUACCGGUGAAGAUGAUUCACGUUCUUCUAGUACUGAUUCCUGCUCAAGUACGUCGGCGGGACGUUGCUCACGAAAAAAUAACAAGAAUACUUCAAAUCAUCAUUUAUCUUCACAGCAAUCGAGCUUAGAUAAUUAUAAUAUUUCGCCAAAUCAUUUAUCAACGAGCAGUAGCAGUGGAAGUGAUACCGGAAGCGAUUCUCAAGAAUCAAAAUCAAUCCGCCAUCGGCAUCAUCAUUCCACGACAGCAGCUGUGUCUUUUCGUAGAGUGUUCCAACAUUUUGGUUCACGAAAUAAUCACCAACAACGUUCUCUCAGUUGUGAAAACACUAAAGACAGUAAUUUUAGUGAUUCAAAUGAUUCAAAUACUUCAUCGAAUACAAAACGUUCCAGUAAAAAAAAUCAAGUUCCAAAACGUAUUUUACGAGCACCAAUCACAUACACCUAUAUCCGAGGUAUGUCUGGUUUACCAACACAGCGUGUCCCAAGAUCUACUCAUCGCUAUCCUCACAGUAAUAGAACGUCAGCAAGUGACUGCUAUUGUAAUCAGUAUUCCACCAAUAUUACAUCAAGAUAUUAA